AUGGCUUCGGUUGAUGGUGUCGACAAAAGUGAACUUAAGCAAGAGUCGGAAAAACUUCAUGCCAAAUACCCUAGUUUGAUUAAUAAUGCAUCAUCGUUGCUACAUCGACGGCUAAGUAAAAAUGUGAAAUAUUUCGAUUCUGGCGACUAUAACAUGGCUAAGUCGAGGCCAUUAGUAAAGGAUUCCUUUCCCUCAGGCAAUUUGGACUCUCCGACGGGGGAUACUAUUCCAACUGUAGACAAUAUAUCUGUACUACGGAGUAAAAGUAUUUCAUUACAAAACAAUACUACUGUAUUACCACAAUCAACAAUAACAUGUACAACACCAACAAGUAAUUCAACUGCAACAACUACAUGCCGUUAUAUAACUAUACCAGCUCAUACACAAGUUGCUAAAUAA